UGAUACAAAUAUGGCAGAGUCUCCCGUCUUAUUGAACAAACAUGAGGUGGAACGUUGCCUCAGUUACGAGGAUCUAAUUCCCAGACUGGAGUCUGUCAUGGGAAAGUUUUCUAAACGGGACAGUUCUGAAAUAAUCCAGCCUGUGAGAUCUGUGGUCCCUAUACAGCAACACAAUGGGUUUUUAGGCGUGAUGCCUGCAUAUCUGGCCGCUGAGGGUAUUUUAUGCACAAAGAUGGUAACUUUCUACCAACGUGCAGAGGGCUCCAGUUUACCAUCAACUCAAGCCACAGUGUUACUGUUCGAUCCCGAGCAUGGGCAUGUCACAGCGAUCAUGGAUGGGGAGGCCAUCACAGCCAAACGAACUGCAGCAGUGUCAGCCAUUUCAGCUAAACUGUUCAUGCCAGCUCUUUCAAAGGUGUUGUGCAUCCUUGGUUCAGGGCAACAGGCUAGAAGCCAUUAUGAUGUCUUUACUAAGGUCUUUAAGUUCAAAGAGGUCCGUGUGUGGAGUCGAAGGAGAGAAAUGGCUCAUCGGUUUGUUAAUGAUCUCCGAGGCCCUGUUAGAGUUUGUUCUUCAGUGAAGGAGGCCGUGUUGGGAGCUGAUGUAAUAGUCACUGCCACAGGUGCUAGUGAACCGAUACUCUUUGGCGAGUGGGUCAAAUCAGGUGCCCACGUAGCAGCGGUUGGCGCUUGUCGUCCAGACUGGAGGGAAUUGGAUGACGUCUUGAUGAGAGAGGCGGUGGUGUAUGUGGACAGCAGAGAGGGGGCUACAGCAGAGUCAGGAGACAUAGUUCUGUCUGGAGCUCAAGUUUUCGCAGAGCUCGGAGAAGUUAUAAAUGGAUCCUUUCCUGCUCAGCGUGAGAAGACUACGGUAUUCAAGUCACUGGGUAUGGGGAUACAAGAUGCUGUCUCAGCCAAACUUGUGCUGGAGAAGUGGAACAGCGAACAUUAAAGCAGCAGCCAGCAGUUUCCUCCACUGACUGCACAAUAGGAGAACUGGCCCCAACUCAA